AGGCUCUCGGGCUGCGCCCCACUCGCAGUUAUCAGCUGGCCCAGUCUGCUCGGGUGAAAGUCCGCUGUCCUCGGCUCCAGACCUCGGAGAGCUGACUCCCGCCCCGGCGCAGACGUGACCCUCCAUUUUAGGGAGACAGCUGCCGCCCUUGAUUGAGCAUGAGGCCGAGGCUGAGGCCCUGCAUCCUCCUUUGCACCACAGCGUUCGUGCUAUUAGCCCUGAUGGUUCAUUCGAGCGAAGCGAUGGGUCACAAAAAACACAAGAAGAUCAUGAAAGUCCUCCUGGCACACGCACUGCUGAAGAAGCGCGUCAUCCCAAUCCCUAUACCAUUUCCUCAGGAGUCUCACCACACAAACAUCGUGCCGGUGCCGAACCCCAUACCGUUCAAAGUGCCGAUUCACACUGUUCACAAGCAUCAUCACCACACCAAGCACGUUCAUCACCACAAGCACACCAAAGGGCGCAACACGCUGCUCAUCCUCGACCGACAGCAUGAGAGGCGCCACCAUGGUGGCGGAUACCAUGGCGGGGGUUACCACAGUGGCUAUCACGGAGGCUAUCAUGGAAGCUACUGGUGAAAACUGCUAAACGAACACCAUAGUAGGAUGACUACAAGUGCUUAGCUUUUUACAAUGUGACCUUACGUAAGAGAUCAACAGAAUGGACAGAGUCUGACUGGUAUGUCGUCGUCGAGUGCUUGUACUUUGAUAACUAACUCACUAGCAUGUAUCACCUCGAAGAGCGCCUGACAACUGACAUGCGGAAAAUGUAAAUGAAGCAGAACGGACUGUUUUCUAUGAAACUGGCGUAUCGGAAAAAUGCCAGUGAACUCCUAAAUAGCACUCCUUGAUUGGCAGCUGCCACAUUUAAGGUUUUACAGGUUCGCUUUCAGAAAUAUUUCCCAAAGUAAAUUUAUCACUAAAUGUCCCGAGGUGUCAAGCGUAAUGUGCGCUACAGGAAAAUGUUUGGCAUUCGCUGUGUACGUAUUCCAUUGCUCAUGUACGCCUGGUCGUCGAUGUGUGUGAUUCAAUGUGUGCUUCCAUCUAUUUUUGUACCCAUGCGAGAGUGUGUUCCCAAUUCGAGAAAGCUAGACUAUGUGUAAUAUUUUACCUUACUAAACCGAAUACACGAAGCGAAACCCCGCAACUUUUGCGUCUUUUUAAUGACACCGCAGUGUUCUCACGCCCGACUCAAUUGCAUUCCUACUUCGCAAAGCAGCGAGCACAUGUAAUUUUUUUUUACCAAUCUGGGCCUAAAAUUGGUGUCGUGUGCAUUUUCAGCACUGCAUAUAGAACUGGUGAGUGCUAUGGCUUCCUGUGUUUUCUUUUAGGUGUGAAGUAAAGUCCUCUAUUGCACUUUACAGUAGUGCAGUUUUCUAGUUCCGUGUUUUUAUUGCAAACUACGAAUAAGUGAGCCCCUUCAAGUGCAAAUUGAUGCUUCUGAGAAAUCUAGGUGCACAUUGAAAUUGUAUGAGUAAUAUUGGAACGAGAAUUUCUAGCUCUUUUUACAUACUACUGUUCGGUGCAUGUUAUGUUUUUGUGACACAUUUAGUCGUGUCAUAUUGUGUAAUCGCUGUGAAGCUCUUGCGUACUCUCUUUUGUGUGCUAUGUUGCUGCGUACACUCAUCCAAGAACUUUUUAUUUUAACGUGAUUGUUGUCCUCCUUCUUUGUCUUCCGUUAUUUGCCUUGCGUGACGUGUUGUAGAGUGCAUGGUCUAUGUUGCUUGCGUGAGAACUUAACAUUUCAAAGGAGAGGCCGGCUGAUAUGCCUGACAACUCUGCCAAAAUACGGGUCAGAACUGUAUCGCUUACGUACGUUCUUAUGUAACCAAAGACAUCAUUUUAAAAAGCUGUUUGGAAAGCACAUGUAUUUCAACUUCAGGCAUGUAUCUUUAUAUGAAGUCUUGCUUCCGUAACAUCCUAUAGAAUUACAUGGUCUGUCAAGCGGUGCAUCGCAUAAUUUCGCAUGAUUUUGUGUUUAUAACCUCAGCAAUCAAGCUGGGAAGCGAAAAAAAAAAUUGACAGGCGUUGUCAACAAUAUUCGGCCACCUUAUUGCGUAAACCGUGUCGUCGUACCAUGGUGUGUCAAAGCUCAAGAGAGUGCGACAAAUGUCUUUCCCUAAUGUUUACAGCUUACUUAACGUAAGGUGAAAUAGGAACUAAAGCGGAUUACCUAAAUAAAGUCAGAUGCGAUGACGAGUGAAUCUUACGUUUCUGACCACGGAUGUCGGCAUAUGCAUUAAGGAUUCAUUGUAUUGUGCACGAGAAAGGUUUCUACAAAGGAAAAAUAAUGUGUCACGCGGACAAUAAAAACACGCAAGAAGAA